AUGAGCUUUAUGCACCAAGAAGUCAAGUACCGCGGUAUGGAGCCCGUUUUGGGCUGGCAACCCACCCAGGCUCAGCCGCGGCCCGGCUUGAUCGAGGCCAAUGCCUGCGUCAAGCGCCUUUUCGUGCGCCCCAAGCAGUCGCGACUUUCCGUCAUCAGUUGCAGCCCCGAUGGUGGUCUGCAGUGCGUUGACACCUCGUAUAACCCACCCGAGGUCAUUCUCAACAACUCUGUGUACGAGAUCGCACACUGCGGUGUUGACGUGUCCAAACCGCGACUCUUUACAGUCAUCGUGGGCAAGAAGGAGUCGUCAGACUUUUUCUGCCAUGUCUUCAAAUGCGCAUCGAAGGACAGCGCGGCCCGCUUCGUCAAGGCCGUGGCCAGCGCGUGCACUCUGGCCUACCAAAACUAUCAGAAGAAGAAGUCGGCUGCCUCUGGUGGUCGUGGCAGCGGCAGUGGCGCCCCGGCCCAGGCUCCGGCCCGUGGCUCUGUGAGUCACAACCGCGCACCAGCGUCUUCGUCUGGCGUCAAGUCCGCCCAUAUUCGCAGCAGCAUGCGCCGACCCGUGGGUGGCAAGGAUCGCCGAGAAGUUCGCAACGGCAAGCCAAACCCCAAACUUACGCACUUGAUCUCAUCUGGUCGUGUCGCCCGGGCGGCCCAUACCUUUCAGGACUCGUGGUUUCGACCCUCCAUGUCACGUGCUGAAGUCGCAUCGAUUCUGCGUGGUGGCCGCAUCGGUGACUUUAUUGUGCGCGAGAGUCAAACACGCCCGGGCGAUUACGCCAUCAGCGUGCAGACGGGCGCCCAGAUCUGGACUGGUCUGAUUCCGCACGCACCACGUGGCUUUCAGCUGGGUGAGCGUGGUGGUGUGAGCUUUGCAGAGCUGACCGACUUGAUUGCGCACUACGCCCAAAACACGUUCAUGAACGAUGGGAACGGCUACCCCAUGGCGCUCAACCUGCCCGAUGACACGGCAUGGAUCGAUCCUCAGGCUGUGCGCCAACAACAACAGCAGCAGCAGCCUUCGCGUGGGCCCCCGGCAGACUGGCGCACGUCACAGCGUCGUAACACCAACCCUGUGCCGGUGCCCGAAGAAGACGCCACUUUUGAGCAGAUCAUGAACGGCGAGUUCAACCCCGACGCACCCAGCGGUGCGCUGGAUGACGUCAACGUGGCUCUAGAUGAAGCUGAACACGAACCUGCUAUGCCUCGCGGUCUGCCCGCCGGUGCCGACGAUGACGAUGAUGAUGACGACGACGAGGACUUUGUGCCGGGUGAUAUGCCAGCAUCGGGUGGGGCGGCACCCGGCGGCUUUGGCAGCAGCGGGUUUGGUGAUGAUUUCGACCCACGUACUGCUGGCGUGAGCACCGAUGCCCCUACUGAACACGCCACUCUGUCCGAGGUGGCCGAGGCCAUUUUUUCAGAGUUGGCCGAUGCUGUGGACGAGGAAGAUUGUGUGGGUGGCAACGACGUGCGGCCCAUCCUCUUACGCUCGGGCCUGGAGAUUUCCAUGCUGGGAUCCAUCUGGAUGAUGGUGGAUGAGGAGCGUCGGGGCAAGCUGGAUCGGCAGCAGCUCAUUCAUGUCCUGGGACUCAUAAGCCAGGCCCAGGAGGGCGCUGAGUUGGACGUUGGUACCGUGAAGGCCACCGACCGUGCACCGGCCCUGGAUGACCAGUAGAAACGAGAAUGUGGUUGGAAACUGGGGGAACAUUGAUCUCUUCCAGAUCCCAUUAUUCUACGAGGCCUUGUGUAUGCGUGUGUGUCUGAUUGCCCUCGGAAAAGCUGGCUCGUGCUUCCGCUUUGUGUUUGUCAGCCAUUCCUAGACUCGCUAGACAGAAUAGUGUCGUGUCAGCUGCUUGGGCGUCCCUCAUUUUGGUGUAGUUGUGCAGUAGGUUUACAUUUGAGUGGAGUCCCCCGCGAUUGUUUGCUUGCAACAUCCGGUGCCCUUCCCCGCUCCCUUUUCCCUCCCCCGCACGCGUUCGUUCCCGGCAAAGGGAUAGAAUUGAGGCUUGCGUUGA